AUGGCUUUCUUAAAGGAAGCGUUUAUACUGUGUAGACUACCAAGCGAAGAAGAAUUGGUUGGUGUUUGUGAUGGCAAUAAAGAAGAUCAAGUUAUUGUCUCAUGCAAAUCUAAGGGUAUCAGUAUAAUAAAGAUCAGCAACCAAAAAUUACUACAUUGUUGGUCCCCACGUCAACUCCACACUAUUACAUCACCUGUUAUUUGGGAUACUUCUCAUGAGCAACUGGUAGCUGUUCAUAAUUCAAAGGUAAUUCGACGAUGGACUUUAGAAGAAAUGAACUUUGAAGAAGCAAAAAAGAAAAAUGUUGAGCAGUUAAUCUACAAAGUAUUUCCUGUAAUGUCAGGUCAUGUAAUAGUUGUCUACCACAGCGGAUGCAUUGAAUUUCUUGGGGAGUCCAUCUGCUAUAAAAAUUUAUUCCCAAAUGAAGACCAAUUAAAAUGGUGUUGGGUCAAUUCUGUUGAAGGCAAAUUGACAGUGUUUUUCCUUACAAAAGUACCUAAUGGUAAUCUGUUAACUUUGAGAUUGGCAUACUACACAACAGCCACUGACACUUGGGCAAGCAACAGCAUUGAACUGCCAGUUUCUGAAGGAACAUUGCUUGAUUGCUGUUAUAUUAAUAGUGACCAGACAAGCAGUACAGUUUUUUUCUUAUGGUCCAACAAGAACAUCUUGAGAAUCAAAAUGGAUCCAGAGAAAGAUGCUGAAGUGAGUAAGAUGUAUGCUCUGAGUUCUGUGUCUUCUGAAGCUGCUUCCAUUGUAAGUCUCAGUUCAACUCACAUGGCCAUUGUUCCAGUCAAGAAAAAUGGACAAGAUGGUGUGGGAAUAUUUGAUCUCCAGUUUGGUACCCUGAAUGCAUGGCAACUAUUACCACAAAAACUAAAGACCCAUCCUAAGCUUUUCUGCAGUAACAGUCAUUUAUUUAUUGCUUGUGAUAAGAUGUUGUACACAUAUGCAUAUGAGUUGCAAUCUUUCACAUUGUCCAAUCUUCUGUGUAAUACACAACAGUUGGCAGAUGAUGACCAUCUUCUACAGACUAUACCCAUGGUCACAUCCUGGAAUACCAAUGAACCAUUGCAAAAUAAAAUCAAUGAUGACGGUGGAAUUCUUAUGAUGUUUUCCAACAUAUUUAAUAAGUUGAUUGCUUCAAACCCUGCUACUUUUCAUAAAGAGGUUGAGAAAUUGCUGAAACUUCUAACACAUGAAAGGAACCAACACUGGUGGAACAGCAUCCAUAUGGUGAAAUUGAUUUUGUCUUUCUGCAAUCAGAAGUCUCUUUGGUCAUCAAAAUUAAUCAGGAUGCUUAUUUAUUCUGGUCAUUUUUCUAUACAAUCCUUGCCAGACUUAUUCAAAGCACUUAUCGACCAUAAAGAAGUCCAUCUGCUUGACUUAGCAUUGCAGAGAUUGACAAACAUUCCUGAAAUAUGCUUAGCAAAAGCAAUUGAAUUUUAUCUUAGCUUGGAUAACAAAGAGAAACUAUCUGAAAAUGGCAUUGAAGAAGCAAAAAUGGAAGUUGAUGAGCCAAAUUGUCCUGUCAGUCAACAAACAGCUCAUUAUCUGUGCCAAAUUCUCACAUGCUCUUUUGGUAACAUAUUUCUGAUAGAAGCUUUAAAAACAAUUCCUUUUCAAUACAUUGUGGUCCUAUUAAAAUUCUUGAACUAUCAACUGAUGAAUGCUUCUGCCUUGCCAAGUAUUAGUGAAAGUCAACCAAGUAUGUUACAAAUAGUAGAUUGGGUAUCUGUUACUAUAGAUGCUCAUGUGACACAGUUGGUUAUUUCACCUGACACAAAAGAUUUAUUACAUCACUUAUAUUAUACAGUUGGAAAUGAGGUGCAAUUUGUGGAUGAACUUGCACAUAUAGAAGCCCAACUCACACAACUGGAAGUAAGAAAUACAUUUGUGAGCAAAGAUGAAGAAGUUGGACAAUAUUGUAUUCGCUUUUUACAUAUUCCAUAA